ACCUGCGGCGUGACGUCAAGACGUUGCGCUGAGCGUCGCGACGUCACGUCUCGGGCAAACAAGCUCAGUCAGGGAAGUUCGCCCGCAUUAAAGGGCUGGGGGCGAACAUGAGACCGACCCUAUAGAUUCAGGAGGAGUGUUCAUGCAUCUCGACAACGGCGUCAACCGAUCGAUCUCUCAUCGAGCCGCGGGGACGCGCUCCUCUGAUCGAGUCUCCAGUCAGAGCGUGGCGAGGCUGUGAUGUGACAAGCUACGGCCCCCGACGACCUCAGCACCAACCAAUCGUCAGCCUGUCUGGAGGAUGCACCUGCAGGCCGACCCCCUCCUCCAGCGCUCCCCCAGGAGGGCCCAGCAGGGGGAGGCCCUCCGCGCCGCCGCCACCGCCGCCGGUAACCGCGGCAACCUGGGAGGGGGGACCCGCCACCCCCUGAGCGUCCUGUCCGGCAACACGUCGCAUCGCCACGGCAACGGGCCGACCCACCGCGGCAACGACAAGCCCUCGUCCCGCGGCCCCGCCCCCCCCGCGUGUUGCCACGGCGACCAGGAGGAGCCGUGGAGCGUGGUGCGGCCCGGCUACGUCCGGGAGAAGAUCGCCUUGUUCGCCUCCUCGCCGCCGCCGUCGCCACAGCCGCCGCCGCCGGGCCCCGAGGACCCGGAGGAGGCCUUCGGCUCCACGGGCGGGGGGGGGCUGAAGGUGAAGGGGGGCUGGGAGCGGGAGAGCCGCUCUGCCAAGCGGCCGCGGCGGUCCGGGGGGCGGGGCCUCGCGGCGGCGGGGGGAGGGGCGGAGCCUGAGGAGGCGGUGUCGGUGGGCGAGAUGGUGGCCUCGCUGGAGCAGCGGAUGACCUCCGUCCCGCUGCUCGCCCUCCAGCGGAGCUCCUCCAGCCUCACCCCGACACGCACGCCGCCCGGCCCCGCCCUCCCCCCCGCCGGGGGGCCGGGGGAGGAGGGUCCGGGCGACGGGGGGGAGGCGGUGCGCGUCUGGGACCUGGUGGCCCGGCUGGAGUCCGAGUGUGUGAAGGGCCCCUCGGGACCCGGCCGGCGGCUCCUAAGGGGGGUGGGACGCGUGCUGUUGACCCACUCCUCCUCCUCCUGCUCCUCCUCCUCCUCCUCUUCCUCCUCCUCCUCCUGCUCCUCCUCCUCCUCCUCCUCUUCCUCCUCUUCCUCCUGCUCCUCCUCCUCCUCGCCCCAGCCUCCCUCGGCCCCGCCCACGUCGGCCCCGGGUUCCGGUUCAGAGGCCCAGCUGGAGGUCCAAGGACCCCGGGCCCGCCCCCCCACAGACCCCCAGACCCUGCGCCGUGGGCAGGAGGCGGAGGAGGAGGAGCCAGGGAAGCUGUUCUUCUCCUCGCCGCUGGUCCAGAUCUCCUCCUCCUCCUCCUCCUCCUCCUCCUCCUCCGCCCGGCCCCGAGGAGAACCAGCCGACGGAGGGAGCAGGUCGUCACGGGCCCCUCCUCCCCCCUCCCCGCCGCUCCUCCUCCUCCUCCCCAGCCCCGACUCCUGUGGAGCCCCAGAGCUGGACGUGAGGAGGGCACCGCCCCGAGGAGGAGGAGGAGGAGGAGGAGGAGGAGGAGCACUAGAGCAGGAGCCCGGCGCCUCCCAGGACUUCCUGGAGGCGCGCUUCCAGCUGCAGCUGCUCCUGGAGCCGCAGCCCGCGCUGCUGCUCCUCCCGCAGCACCUCCUCCUGCACAUCCUGUCGCUGCUGCCCACGCACAGCCUGGCCGCGCUCAAGUGCUGCUGCCGCCACUUCGCCUCGCUGAUGGACGCCUACGGCGUGCGCGCCGCCGACUCCCGCUGGGUGGGCGACCCGCGCUACCGCGACGACCCCUGCAAGCAGUGCAAGCGGCGGUAUCGCCGCGGCGACGUGUCCCUGUGCCGCUGGCACCACAAGCCCUACUGCCAGGCGCUGCCCUACGGCCCGGGGCACUGGAUGUGUUGCCACGGCACCCGCAAGGACGCGCCCGGCUGCAACGUGGGUCUCCACGACAACCGGUGGGUGCCGGACUUCCACAGCUUCACCUCGGCCCUCUACAUGAGGAGGAGGGGGGAGUCCGCCGACGAGGCCUGAGACGUGCGUGUGUGUGUGUGAGUGUGUGUGUGUGUGUGUGUGUGUGUGUGUGUGUGUGUGUGUGUGUGUGUGUGUGUGUGUGUGUGUGUGUGUGUGUGUGUGUGUGUGUGUGUGUGUGUGUGUGUGUGUGUGUGUGUGUGUGUUGCCAUUAGCAUGUGGGGAUUGAUCCUCUGCUGCCCACGCCCACCAAACACAUGACCAGCAGGAAGUAGUCCUCUCUGCCAUGGGUCUGCUUCCUGUGUGGGGGCCGCGUGCUGCACCAUCUCUACGUCCCGCCCCCCCCCCCGCACGGCUCAGCGCAACACUCACUUGAACCAAUGACAUGUGAGGAAAGAAGAUCUCUGUACAUAUUUAUGAAGUUGGGAGGUUUGAAUGUAUUACCCACAAUGCCCCAGGUCCCCGGUCACGGCAAAGAAACGCUUUACAAAACAAUGCUGGAGUUGAGAAUUUAAAAAAAAUCUAUUUUUUUGCCAUGAGAAACUAUAAUGUGGAACUCUUAUCUUUGUAUUGUUUAAGGUCCUUGGGUUUGGCGGCUGCUCCUGAAUGAUAUUUUGCUUAAUAAAGUGCAUCCGUUUGGUUUUAUGA